GUUGGACCGCAGUGAUCGGGCUGGGAGGUCCUGUUUGGAGGCGGGUCGGUUGGACCGCAGUGAUCGGGCUAGGAUACCCUGUUUGGAGGAGGGUUGGUUGGACCGCAGUGAUCGGGCUGGGAGGUCCUGUUUGGAGGCGGGUCGGUUGGACCGCAGUGAUCGUGCUAGGAGUAUGGCGGAGCUGCGGGAGAGAGUUGUUCGGGAGAUCCGGGCGGUUCCGGGGGGGAAGCGGGUGAACCGGGCCGGGGAGCGGAACCCCGGGGGUUCGGAUCUGCUGCGGAAGCUGCUCGCGGCCGGGUUCUACGGGAUCAGCUCGUUUCUGAUCGUGGUUGUGAAUAAGAGCGUGCUGACCGGUUACAGGUUCCCCUCGUCGCUGUGUGUUGGGAUUGGUCAGAUGUUGGCGACAGUGCUGGUGUUGUGGGCGGGGAAAGCUCUGAGAGUGAUUCACUUUCCUGAUUUUGACCGAAGUGUCCCCCUUAAGAUGUUUCCUCUUCCUUUGAUCUAUGUGGGGAAUCAGCUGACCGGUCUGUUCGGAACCAAACAAGUAAAUCUGCCGAUGUUCACGGUUCUGAGGAGGUUCUCUAUUCUCUUCACUAUGAUGGCUGAAAGUUACCUGCUCAGGAAGAAGUUCUCGUGGUCUGUUCAGGCGACUGUGUUCACUAUGAUCCUGGGAGCGUUCAUCGCUGCGAGUACAGAUUUGGCCUUUGAUCUACAAGGAUACAUCUUCAUCACUCUAAACAACAUCCUCACCGCCGCCAACGGAGCGUACAUGAAGCAGAAACUCGACUCCAAGGAGCUGGGGAAGUAUGGGCUGCUGUAUUAUAACGCUUUAUUUAUGAUCCUCCCGACCGUGUGUUUAGCGUAUUACACCGGAGACGUUCAGAGAGCGGUAGAGUAUGGAUGGACAGAUGUGUUCUUUAUUGGCCAGUUUAUCCUCUCCUGUAUAAUGGGGUUUAUCCUGAUGUACUCCAUAGUGAUCUGUACUCACUAUAACUCCGCCCUCACCACCACCAUCAUCGGCUGCAUUAAGAACAUCCUGGUAACGUACCUGGGCAUGGUGUUCGGAGGAGACUACAUCUUCACCUGGCUCAACUUCACCGGCCUCAACAUCAGUAUUGCAGGAAGUCUGGUGUACUCCUACAUCACCUUCAGUCAGGAACACAGGAAGACGUCGUAGUGAAGGUCGCGGGGUGAAGGUCGCGGGGUCGAAGGUCGCCGGUGGAUGACGUGUCUGAUUAUGUUGAUUAUAAUCAGAUUGAUGGUGAUUAAUUGUGAACAGUGCUGCAGGUGAUUAGUGAAGCACAGUGAUGAUGCUGGGGGCGGAGCUUAAGAGAUGUUUACUGAUAAUGUUUACCUGAGAUCUGUGUUUACCUGAGAGAGAGAUUAAUUUUAUACUCUGAUAAAUCUUUAUUUUUUAAGGUGUGUGAGAGUUAGUGUUAUAAUAGCUUCUGUGGGACAUGGCAAAAGUCAUGGGACACCCUCCUACUCCCGGUAUGUCAGUGCUUAAACAAAACCUCGUAAUUCCAUUUUUAUAAUUUUAUACAUAUUUUUAAAAUCACAAAACAGAUCUUUUAUAUUGUAUCAGAGUUUGAAUGGACCAAUAGAAACGCUCCAGAAUGACUAAUUACUCUGAUUUCCACUGUUUUGGAGUAUCUUCAUGUAGAAGUGUAAUUUAGUAUUUUCUAUUUUGAUAAUUUUUCAUGUAUUUUAUACUGUAUCAGAAUUUCCUGUGUGAUUCAGAAUAACUUGUAAUAAAAUAUUUUUACUUUUACAA